AUGGGUCUUCCAAUGGUUCAAGUAUGUUUAAUCUAUGUGAUUAUAAGGUGUUUUAUUAGGUAUUCAUGAUAAUGGCGCGGCAGAUGUCCAAACCAGUAGCCGACGCUGUAAUGAGGUAUGGUAAAAACCACUUUUUCUUCCGUGACAAGGUACUGGUACCAGUGGGACGAGGUGAGUAAACUUUUUUGUUAUGUUAUAUGUUUAGAUUUUAAAAAUUUACAUAUUUUCUGUUAAGGAUUGGUAAACUUAACUACAAGGCUAAGAAUGAGGUCGCUUGGCCUUGGGAAGCCGGAUUCGUUAGCUCCAGUAUCAGAGACAGCUGCUCUGGAACAGGCGUCUGAAUUGGUACAACAAAUAGUCAUAUUUGGAUACUCAGUAGGAGUGUUCGCCGCUUACCAUUUCUACAGCAAGGCCAACGAAAAGGAGGUUGUAGCAGCUGAAGACUACAGGUAUAUGUUAGCACAAAUGGAAGAGCGGUUUUGUAGGCUGGAAAGGCGGCUAGACAAUAUUCAGCUAGAGUUGGAGACACAGAAAGCUGUAAGUAAAUAAAUUAUCUUUAAAUUUCUUAUUGUUAUGCUUUUUAAAAGUAAAUUUUUUAUAAUGUAAAGUUCAUUUUUAGGGAGUAGUUGGUGUUGUAAAGAAGAGUUUGUUCUCCCGUGCCCCUUCAGUGCCCGAACCUAGUCCUCCACCACCCAAAGACGUUGUAAUACACUCGUCGAUGCCCUUCGAUGAAGCUCUUAAAAAGGUAAUGCCUUUACAACGAAUUGCUCAACAAGAUAUUCAGAAGUCGUCAGGGAAGAAGGUGGUGCAAGUGCCGGAAGACCAAAGUGAUUAG